GCAAGCUUCGACAAAGCAAUCGUACUUCGCACACCGGUGCUGAGGAGUCUGCAACACAUGGCAUCUUGUUCCUGAGCGUUGAGGUACAUCUUCAGCCGACAUUGCCCCCUCUGUCACCAUGCUACAGCCUCGAUUACCAUUGUCGCUCCUCUGCAGACAAUGCAGGCUACCCACCCCAGUCUCCCGACGAUCAUACGCCUCAGUCAUUGAUGCCGCCCGAUCAAGUCAAACAGCCACGGACGCUCCUGUCGAUGACUUGCCUCCAGUACUUGAUAGUAUUGGCCACGUCAAACACGAAAUUCGAUUGCGUCGAUACGUUCCUCGAACUCCCGGCCAGCGCCAUCUUAUUAGACCAUUGAAUGACCACCUGUGGAAAGGCCGCCCAUGGCAAGCCCUCACAUUUCCCAAGAAAGGCCACGCCAAAGGUGGUAGAAAUAAUACUGGUCACGUCGUCGUCAGACACAGAGGUGGAGGUCACAAGAGAAGGAUUCGCACCGUGGAUUUUCACCGGAGUGGUGGUGGGAGACAUUUGGUCGAACGCAUUGAGCACGAUCCUGGCCGCACUGCCCAUAUCGCGCUAGUCAAAAGCCUUGAAACUGGUACUCGUACCUACAUUCUGGCUGCGGAGGGUUUGCGGGCUGGUGACGUUGUGGAAAGCUACAGGAACGGCUUGCCACAGUCUUUGAUUGACGAAAUGGGCGGCCAUGUCGACCUCGGUGUCCUUGCUUCCAAGACUGCAUACAAGGGCAAUUGCUUGAAAUUGAGCAUGAUACCUGUGGGCACGCCUAUCUUCAACAUUGCGCCCAGCCGGGAAGAAGGGGGCAGAUUGUGUCGCAGCGCAGGCACUCAUGGAAUCAUCAUUGGCAAGGGCGAGGACACAGUUCAAAGGGAGAUCUCAAAACUUCUAGGCGAAGGCAACGAGUUGGACAUGUCUGCGCUUUCACCGGCGCAGCUCAAGACUCUUGAAAAGACGGCAGGCUACGUGACCGUCAAAUUAUCCAGUGGCGAAGUUCGACUCAUCGACCGAGAUGCUGUUGCAACCAUUGGCAUCGCCAGCAAUGUAAACUACCGGUAUACAUCUCUUGGCAAGGCCGGCAGGAAGCGCUGGCUGAAUAUCCGACCCACCGUUCGAGGUCUGGCCAUGAAUGCCAUGGAUCAUCCCCAUGGUGGUGGUCGAGGUAAAUCCAAGGGAAACCGAAUUCCUUCUAGCCCGUGGGGUAUUCCGGCUAAAUCUGGCUAUAAAACGAGACCGAAGCACAAGGGUGUCAACCCUCUGGUCGUUCAACAACGACCUAGAAACCACGGAAAACGUAGAUGAGGUUACUAGCAUUUGUACAAUACCACCCUUAGAGGAACUAUCACAUCCAUUAAUGUUGCGGGCAUUUCUGAUUUUGGAGCACAU